AUGCCCUUCGAUUUCAAGGCCUACGAUGAGAAGUGCAGGGGACUCAAUCUCGAGGAGCUCCAGCGGGAGUGGGAGCAUUACACCCGCCUCAUCUCCGGUGCCGCAACCUCUACGGCCGUCUCAGGCAUGGCCAUCCCCCUCACUCUCGGAGUGUCGACCAUCGGCGUGGCCAUGGCCGCACCCGCUAUUCACAACGCCCGCAAGAAGCGCGAGAUCAUCGAGCGACACCUCAAUAGACUCCAGGCGACGCAUCACACACGAAAGCGAGAUGUCUUAGGGAGCAUGGCUGUUAGCGGCACUAUCGGCGUUGUCACACUGGGAGUUGGCUCUAUGGGCGCCGACGCUGUCGCUACUGCUGGAGCAGAGCAUGGGAUUCAGUCAAUCGUUGCCAACGAAACCGCCAUCAAGAUUGCGACGCAUGCUGCCCUCGAUGGAGCGGGAAUGGCCAUUGAACACAAGCACACGGAUCGUCUCAAGAAGAAGGAUGCCCUCAAGGCAUUCAAGAAGGCCGGUGUCUUCAAGGCCGUCCAAGAUGCCAAGGCCGCCGAAGCUGGAUAUUCGAUCCAGCCCUACAACCAGCAGGGGUACCCUUAUGCCGCCGCUGGUAGCUCCUCUCAAGCACCUCUCAUUCCUCCUCCCCCGCCAUACACUCCAGCCGAUGGGCAGACGCCGGCUCCUCCCUCUUAUGCAUUGAAUGCGAACGGUUAUCCUCAGGACUUCAAGGCGCCUAUGGCUUAUACACCGGCCCCUCAGGGUCAACAGUAUAUGAUCCCGGACGCCACUGGCCAGCAGCCUGCAUCGCAAUAUUAUGGCUAUCCUCCACAGCCGGGUGUCCCUCAGCAGCAAGCCAACAGCCCUACCAGCAACCAAUCUCCUACCAGCAGCAAAUUCCUGGUCAACAGGCGCCGCAGCAACGAGUCUUUUCUCCCCAGCAAGUCCCCGUCCAGCAUCAAACCAUCCCUCAACAGCAGGUUCAACAGGUUGCCUCUCUACAACAGGCUCUCCCUCAGCAACAACUCUCAAGUCCUCUCGCCGCCUCAGACCCCAGCCGUGGGAUAUCCUCCCCAGGUCGUGCAGGCGCAACAAAAUAUCCAGUCCCCGGCCAUCUCUCAGCCACAGCCUCAUGAGCAACCAGGUUACUUUACGCAGACGACGGCGAACCCACCAAACAACCCUGCCCCCUCAACUCAAAUGUACGACAUGUCGGGCAUCAAGGGCGCUCUUCCGGCUCAAACGCCUGCACCAACGGGUUCAUCAUAUCAGCCACCACCACCCCAGCAGUACUCUGUUGCUCCUUUGCCAACGCCCGCUCAGGAACAGCCCCAGAAUUACACAUAUCUCCCAGCGCAAACGCCUCAGCCAGCUGUAGCGGGAUACCCUCCUCCCAUCUCUCUCCCCCCUCAGCCAACUCCUCAGCCGGCAACUGCUCAAGCAGCUUCAGUCUCGGCGACACCACAAGCGGUGCCUACACUUCAAACACCGUCAGUCGAGUACCAGCAACCAGCUGCCCCUGCUCCCCAAGCCCAGUACUAUCCACAAGCCACGUACCAACACACCGGAACAUAUCAACAAGCCCAGGUCCCACCACCUCCUCCCCAGGAGGACCCCAACAGGAGGGCUUCGAUGAUCAGCACGCCACAGCAUCCUCUCGCUCCACACCCUACCUACAAUCCUCAACACUACCAACCAGCAUCUCAUCAGCAAGCCAAACACCAGCACCAUAUCAAGCAGCGCAAUAUCAGGCUCCUCCUCCUGUAG